CUCGAGGCUUCUGCGCUGAGGAUGCUGAGGACUUCUGGACCAACGUGCACGAGAAACGAGACUGCAGGUCAAACCGAAUGGAAACCCCAGCCCUUCACAGAGAAGAAUGAGAGCGGAUUUUCAAAAUCGAGCUACUUGAUCUAUCAACUGGACAUGGUGCUGGAAGCAGAGAAUAUAGCUAUAUAUUGAUGUAUAUGUGAUCUCUAUGUACCCGAGGAAUACACGCGUGCUCCGAUAAGGGCCUCCGGAUGCCUUUAAAUAAGACAAAUCCUUGCACGAUUUCCCCCCUCAGAUGUCUUAAAUAAGGAUGUGGAAUUCCGUCUUGAGACACAAGACGCAAUAAAUGAUCUUUUUUCAGGUUUCUUCCGUUCUCUCGGACUCGGCUCUGGAGCUAAGAAAAGGGCGCAGCUAUUUUCCUUCGCGUUUCAGUCUGGUAUUCUGAGUGCGUGCUUUGCUCUCGCAUACAGACACGGGCUUCCCAGUUUGUGACUUAAUUAUCGAAGCUGCUGUUAAACUGACCGGGUUUUGCAUGAAUGAAAACAGUCAGAAUUUCAUGCGCUCUUUCCGCCUUUGUGCAUUUUAAUCAACGUGCCAUCAAAAUGUUUAUGUGGUUAUAGCACAUCCCCAAUCUAUGUUUAACGCAAGAUCGGCAAUACUGCAUCACUGGCUGUUUUAAGAGGUUUUUUUUUCAAGAGCAAAUUUUAUUUUUCUUUGACCCUGGUGCAACAUUCGUUUUUGGCCCAAGGUUUUUUUUUAUUUGAAUUUUUUUACGCUUCCAUUUGACAUCCAUUUGAAGAGGCUUUUGAAACUUGGAGACGCUCUGCUGCGGGAAUCGGACAUUUAUCAUUUCGUGUAAACAGGAGAAUCCUGGCGAAAUUAUCCGGAGUUUGCUGCUACCUUGUGCUUGGAGGCUGGUCGCUGGGUCAGCACUGAAGGUUUUCACAUUCUCACCACGCAAGGGCUGCGUACAGAGACGGUGCAGGCACAAACAGGGCUCUGCGUCAGACCGGCCCUCAGCAGCAGCUGCGGCAGCACAGUGGCUCCCCCCUCAGGCCCACGGGGGCACUGCAGCGUUCUCUCACAGGGGCCCAGUUGGCACAGGGCGCUGAAUGGCCAGGGGCCCAAACCACUGUGGCACUUAUGAGUACAACUGCAAGGUGAGUUUUCAUUGGGCAGGCAGCGUGAGCGGCAGGACCACUGGGGAGACGCAUGACAUGGAGGUGAAAGGGCCCACCAUCACUGCUAUGGGCCUGGGGGCUCCAGAUCUCCAGGGCUGUGCGGACGGUAAGCAGCGGGCGGAGCGUGUGUCGGAGCUGCAGGAGAGGAGGCGGGGCCUGCAGUCGCUGCUCAGCGCUCGGCUGGGGGAGCUCCGACGCGUCUGUCUGCUGGAAGCGGAACUGACAGGAGAAAUUCCCAGAGAGUUUCCCCUAGAGGCAGGAGAGAGGCCCCCCCACGUGCGGCGCAGAAGUGGACUGGCCCACCAUGCUCCCAAACAUAGCGCUAAGGGAGAGGAGGAGGAGGUGUGUCAGCGGAAACCAAAAAAAGCCCUGUUCAGUGGCGCCCUCCGCAGGCAGACCGACUCAGAGCAGCAUCCACCGCAGGGCAAGAGGACGGUGCAUCGUGGCUGCCACACAGAUGACACGGUGAAGUCAGAAAGUAGCUCCAUGUCGGACUCCACCACCCAGGAUAACGAGGAGUCUUCCUCGGGCGUGACCCCAGACGGCCUGUCCCCCACUCGGCCCCAGCUGGCCCCGGGGAGCCCCGACAGCAGGCUCAGCCGGAAGCUGUCCCCCGUGGAGGUGUACUACGAGAUGAGGACCCGCCGCAACUCUAUGGCCAGCUCCGCCAGCCCGAGCCGAUCCCUCCCCAGGAGCAUCUCCAACGUGGAGGGCAGGAGCGUUCCAGCCACGCCCCUCCUGAGCAGGACCGCCCCCACCAGCGUCCACGUCAGGUCGGACGUGUCGGGCGGAGUCGGGGGAAAGCACUGGACCGACGGCCCUGACGGGACGCAGGUGCUGCCGCUGCAGUCUCAGGAGGGGUCCUCCUCCGGGGGGUCCUUCGAGCGCGGGGGCUGCCCGUACAGCGCCCGAACACGCCGCAGCAACAGCUCUGAGGCCCUGCUGGACCGCACCGUCUUCCCCGAGGAGGCGGCCCAGCGGGGGGGCAUGCCGGCGCGGGGGGGCCCCUACAAGAGCUCGGAGGCGCUGACCGACGGGCGGCUCCGGCAGGUGCACCGGGUCAGCCCGGAGAGGCACCUGAACGGGCACGCCGAGCAGGGCAGGAUGCGCUCGUCCGUGGGGGGCCGGGGGGGCGGCGGCGGCGGCGGCGGCGGGGGAGGCGGCUACAACGAGAUCCUGAUGGACUACAUCUGGGGCAAGCAGCAGAAGAUGCAGCAGCAGGCGCAGCAGCAGCAGCGGCAGCAGCAGCAGUUGGCGGGGGUUGGCGGGAACGGCAGGCCCUGGCCCGACGGCCCCUGCCCGCCCCCCCCCGCCGGCUCGGUGUCCUCCCCCCAUUUCAACGGCUUCCCCCCGUCGCAGCCCCCCCACUUCGGCGCGGGGCCCCCGCCCUACAGCCCCCUGCUGCGCGGCAAGCCCGGGGACCCGCGGCGGGUCAAGGUGACGCGCACCAAGUCCUGCGGGCCCUUCAUCCCGCUGCAGCCGCACCAGCAGGAGUCCAUCCUGCUGUCCGCCUACUCCGAGCCCCCCCUGCACCCCCCCUCCGGCUCGGCCAGCUCCUCCACCGCCGCCCUGUACCCCUACCCGCCGGAGCCGCUGUGCCCCGCCCCCGCCAUGCCCCGCCGCGCCCCCCAGUUCCCCGCCACCACCCCCGAGGACUCCACCCGCAGCCUGCACAAGGCGCUGGCCCUGGAGGGCCUGCGGGACUGGUACCUGCGGAACACCCUGGGGCACCCCGCCGCCCCGGCCAAGCUCCAGGACCCGGGCCUGUCCCGCCGCCGCACCCCCCCGUCCCUGCACGGGGCCCACCCCCUGCCCCACCAGCCCCAGUCCUUCCAGGGCGAGCCCGCCUACGGCCACCUGCCCCAGUCCGCCUCCUUCCACGGGCACCCGCUGCACGGCAGGUCAAUGGAGCUGUCGCUGUUCCAGGAUCCAUUCCCAGCACAGAUGCAGGAGCUAACACUGAAAGAGCCUAGUACUGACCUGCCAGCUCCUGGAACCCUGGUCUGACACACACACACACACACAGAUCGCAUACACCUGCUCAGAAAAAGACAGAUGACGAACCGGCACAUAAACAAACAUGUAUAUACACACACACACACACUUACAUAGUACACACACAAAUAGACAUGGAUGCAAAUCGAGUUGUAAAUGUACCGGACCAACACACACACACACACACACACACAAGACGACAUAAACAUUCCCCUGGUUUCGUCGGGUUUCUUCCCUGGAUGGAAAGGCCGAGCGGUGGAAAAACAGAGGAGGAAAAGAAAGAGUCUGAGGCCUGUGGCCAGGGGCCCUGCUCAGUCUCUCUGUGAAACAGGAACUCUGACUGAACAAAACCAGAGACGGACUGGAAACGCAAAUGGACCGAACCGACCCUCUGGCCUCCGCUAUGAGCUCAGGGCAUCUGAAGCUUCCCGCUUUUUCUGUCUCGACAACCUGCUACAAACACUCCUCUCUGUCUCUCUCUCUCUCUCUCUCUCUCUCUCUCUCUCUCUCUCCUCUCUCUCCUCCUCUCCCCCCUUCCCUCCCUCUCCAGUUUAUCUGUGCUCUUUAUUAGCAGUUUGUCAGUGUAUUCUAUUGGGAAUCGUAGCGUCAGAAAUCCCGGGUCUUGUGAUAGACGGGGGCACUGAAAUCCAAGCGAAACGCCAGCUGUGUCUUGUGCACUUGUCCUGUACGCUGCAGAAGUAUGUCUGGUGCCCAGAAUCAAAACAACAACGAUAUAUAUAUACACUGCAUAUAUAUAUAUUAAUGGAGCACAUCAGAAUAGUGUGAUCUGUGCACAUAUAGGUGCAUAAAAGGAAUCCUUGCUUGCCUUCAUGUUGCAUUACAUUGGUGAAAAAACCAGGUUGACGUGAUCCAAACUGACCUUGACCAAUUCUUCAUAUUAAUCGCAAGAUCCUUUCAGUUGAUGAUCUUGGUGAAAUCUUCUCGUAUUUGGCACAUUUGCUGAAAGCAGCUAAUGCGGGGUCUUUGGAGAGAAAAGUGUGAAAAGAAAAAAAAAUGCUGUAUUUUUUUAAUGCUUAUCGACGUUCUUGAGGAAUAUCAUCGUUUUAAAAUGGAAUAAGGUGUACAGUAAUACUAGUUUUGCACUAGUAUGAUAAAGCAUUUUGUGCAGGAAAAAUGGUAUACGUGGGGCUUCUCAUUUUGAUUGAGGUUAUUGAGCUUAGUCCAAGAGGUCAACAAUCCAUCAGGUAUGUGUAAGCCUGUAGAUAACUAUAUGUGGUAGAGUGCAAUUUAUUUUAAAAUCAUAAUUUUAUUCCAGAAUAAACAAACAAAUCUAUGAAAGCAGGGUUCCUACAGCCCUUGCAAAUUCUUAAAAGCCAUGAAAAUAUUUUCAUCUUGGAACGUCGAGGAAAAAUCCUGGAAAGUGGUUAAAUAUCCCACAUUCCACUGUCCUUGAAAACUUAGGAAAAGUGUACCAAAACAUUUACCAAAAUAUAUCAAUAUUCUUUGCUAGCUUUAUGACACCACCUUUUAAGUCAUGUGUUCUGAUAGUGCCAGCUCAUUGGUCCUCAGGAGAGUGAGGUAUUUACCUUGGUACACACAGAAUACUCUGGAAGUAAUGUGUGUUUACCUCACAAAAGGUGCAGUAUAACUCAGUUGCUUCACAAAUUCUAUAAAAAAAUAUUUGAAAACCAUAAAUUCAUCCUUGGUGUCAUUGGAAAAAAAUGAUUUUACAUAUGUUUUCAGUGGGAUCACUGUUAAAAGCUUUCACUCAAUAACUAUUGAUUCAAAAAUGUUAACUAUGUUUAAUAUUUAAGAGCUGCAUACAUCUUUUGUAGAAAGAAAAUAGGUUAGACUAAUCAGUUGGAUUACAAUGAAGAGGAGAAAGUAAUACUGUUUACUUCAGUUGUGUGUGCGGGUUUUAACGAGAAAAACAUGUAUAACUGCAAGAGUGAAACCUGUUCUUUGUGAUGACAAAAGAAAAGCUCACACAUCGUACACAAACAGUACCCACAAUUCAACAGCUAAAUAUUACACAGCACCAAGUUAGAAUUUUUAUUUAACAGAGCUGAUUAGUAAAAUUAAAGGCACCGUGUUUUAAGGUACCAUCGUGGAAUUCCCUCAAGUGAACACAUUCCUGCUUUCAGGUAACUUCAGGUAACAAAUGAGGGAUUGUUGGCUUCCAGGACGCAUGUUGAAGACGAGUGUGCAGGGUGAUGAGAUGGAAAGAAUCAGUUAGGUGUGUAAGAGAGCUGUGUUAAUUUAACACGGAUCCUCACUGCAGAGCUUGAGGCACGUACGUUGUAAUGCUGCAUAGUGACGUUGCUGUCCGGGCGCGUUUCACUCAACAAAUGCAAUAUGUCAUGUGGUCCAAAUCGCGUCAUGAGUAAAUGUUGGUAUUCCUAGUUCCCUCUAGGUUUAGUAUUAUAAACUUCAAAUGUAUUUUUAGUGUCAUUCCCCCAAACACAUAACAGUAUUACUACAAAUAAAUUGCUGUAUCAUUUUAUUUAAAAAAAACCUUCUUACAUUUAUUCUGAAUAUUAAAUAUAAGUCCAGCUGAACCUAGAUGGUUUCCAGAUAACAUUUAAACAAUGUAAAGUCCUUAUAUGGUAUGGCCCUUAAUAUCUCUCUUUUUUUUUUUCUCGGACAUACAAAUAUAAAGAAAUUUUGAGCUGAGCUAAAUAUGAACCCACUGACUGGUCUUAUUUCAAAGAUUAGUAACAAAUGAACAAAACGUGUAACAUCAUCUGAGAAGUACUUCCACAUCAUUUUGCUGCCAUUAAAAACACUCCAAUGCUUCCACCAUCAUUAAUACUGUUAGUGUACGUUUUUCUGUAGUGUUAAAUUAUUAUAAAGUCAUGGCUAUGAAAUGGUUGUCAUCCAGCCAGUGUUUGGUUGUAACACUUCUUACAUCAGAGCAAGUGGUGAGAAAUCAGUCGGUUUUUUUUUUUACCUUAAAGUGACAUCACCAUACUAAACAAUCCAUGUAAAUGAAUCACUUGUGUUCGGUAUCAUUGAUCUCUACCUUUAUAGAGAAAAACUCCUUAUAAUUGAUCAGGAUGGUUUAGUGACAACAUACAGUUACAUUAGAGUAAGCAAAAUGGAGAGUAAUUAGGACAAAACCUUACGGUAAUGGCUAAGUUCUAAUGUAAACCCCCCUACAUGUCACCAUCACAUGCAUCUUUCUGUGAAUGUGUACAUUUGUUCGCUCGGCUUAAAGCACAAUUCGGGGCCGCAUGACUUUCUAUCUGGUUUUCCCCCUUUGUUUCAACUUAGUUAUCGGUGAGAACAUGUUUAAUGAUGACUGCAAUACUUACGAAAUUUUCGGUAGGAAACAUGCUGCUUUCCUGUAAUUACAGCUUUAAGCUGAAGUCAAAUCAAGUCUGCGCCACUAACCAAACGAGCAAAAAAAAUAAAGGCAUCUAAUUCUGACUCGACAGAGAGAGAGCGAAAUUCUGUUACCUGCCGUUGACCACUAGGGGGCGAGCAGAACUAACUUCCAUCAGUGCCGUUCAUAAAGAUGGAUUCAAACAGGGAUGUCUGUCCCGACAGCCAACCACACUAUACAUCGUCUCAGAUUCCUAUCGUGUUGUUGUUGCUAUUGCAAGUAAUUAGCGCACUUACAGGAGGCUUUCUUGUUGUAUUGGCUUUGUAAACUAGCACAAUGACAUCUUCAAAUAAAGGACAAAUGUUGCUAAAUAGAGGCAAUUAAGAGCAUAUUGCAAAAUUUGUCACAGUCUAUUGUUUAUUUGCCUAUUCUUUUCCCAGAAAAUGUAUGAUACAUGUUUGCUAUUUAUGAAAUCAUAUGAACAUGUAAGCAUACUUUGCUAUUUGGAUUUUUCUCAUGUUGGUAAGGUGACAUUCUCUGUGUAAUAAGGUGUGUUCACACUAAUCUGUUUCAGUGUACUCAAAUGCAGAUAACUAUUGAUAGAUUUAUGUAACAUUUUGUUGAAUAUGAGGGGAAAAAAUGGGAAAAGCCAAAAUUAUGUAGGAAAUCCGGUUUUAAUCAAACCAUUUUACGGCACAUGCACACCUUAUUUACCUGUUUAAAGGUAUUUUGCUCGAGAACAGGCACUGAAUAUAUGUGGUGAUUACUGAGGCAACAUCGUGGCUGUGAAGGGACGUUCUCUCAUGAAGGUUAGAUGGUGUGGUCCAGUGGUCUCCAACCCUGGUCCUGGAGAGCUACAGGGUCUGCUGGUUUUUGUUUUCACCUUAAAAUCAGCACCCAAUUGAGACCCAACACACCAGGUGAGUCGAGUUAACUGUGUAAUCAACUGCUCUAAUUGAUUCAUGAAGUGCAGAGUCACUAUGAAGACCAGCAGACCCUGUAGCUCUCCAGGACCAGGGUUGGAGACCACUGGUGUGGUCCCAUGUCUCAUUCUUGCUCACAGAAACAUUUCUUUCAUGUCCGUGCUUGUCCAGGUCUGUUUCCUCAUGCAGUUAUCCGGCUGCUCAGUGUCCCUUCUUAACAUUCACCGUUUUAACCUUUUAUUUACCGUUAAAUCAUGAACAUGUUCAUCUGUCAUUGUGACUCCAAACCAAAUGAGUAGAUAAAGAUGGAUUUGCUCCAUCAAUGUCCGAUCAGGGACUUGAACCCACGACCCUCAGGUCUAGAAUCCAGUGCGGUAACCAGUACAGAAAGGAUCUUUUCCAUUCUGACGUUGCUGAUACUGUAACUUGGAUUGAAUACAUUUUUCGGGUAAAAAAUGCUUCAUUUUAGUAGUAAUACAAUGUAGCAAUCUUUUAUUUUUGCAAAUAAGAGUGAGUAUAUCAGAUUGAAGCGCUGCAAAAUCAAUAAUAAUAAUAAAUAGGUAAAAAUUAAUUUAGGCUCUUGUUAAUGUUUGUUCCCAGUUGAGUUUAAUCUGUACAAUUUUUCAAUUAUCUACAUUUUAAUGCAUAAUUUUAUUGCAUCAUUACAGUUUGUGAUGUGCUUCCAGCUGGUAAAACUGACAUUUGACCAAGCAGCUGUGAAUUUAGAGUCUUAACAGUGUUUUGCAAUGACGUGUUGAUAUUUUUAAAUACAUCUAAAUACAUGUAAUGAAAACAAGAACUAUGCCAUCUUUAAUUUUAAGCCCGUUUUGUUACAUUUUGCAUACUUUUGCAGUGACGUGGUACUGAGCAGGGAAAAAAAGGCCCAGCACAUUCUGUAUGCUCUAUUUUUUCAUAUGAUUUUGAAUUUAAAACGUUGUGCUUUCUGUUGCAUCUGCCAACUGCGAGGUUUUGAUUCCAUUUGCUUUUCUUAAUUUUGAAAAGGAUUACCUUUGACUGUAAAUAACAUCAGACUUAUCACCAGCAUAAGUACAGUGAUACAUUUUUUUUUUUUUUUUUAACAAAAGGACUUGGACACAGCUGCGGAUGGCUUGAAUGUUGUACUACAUCAAGUGACUUUGAGGUGGGCUGUUUACCAUUCAAAUGACUGAAAUAUUUUGAUUAAAAUUAAUUAUUAUUUGAAAUGUGCUGUAUACAUAGAAAUAUUCUGUAAAAACAUGCAUUUUCUCACCAUCCUUGAGGUCUUUUGUUUGUAUAUCUUUUUUUUUUUUUGGUCUCUCCCACCUUCCAAAACAUGUGUCCUUUUGGAGGAAUGAAAAGAUGUGAAAUAAAAUUAACUCUCAGUGUAUCUGUGGGAAAGGGACUGUACAGAUCCUCUUUUUAUUAAAAUGUCUCCUAAAAUUUUA